UUAUUUUGCCCUGACUCAUAUUCUAGUAGUGUGAGUAGAGUGGUAUUAUACUGUGUAUGUCCUUGUACAGGCUCAAAAGUCACCAAUUUCACUUCCUUGAACGAAACCCCAGUAUUUGUAAGCCACGAAAAAAAAGAGACAAGCAGAGGGACAUAAAUGGAUCACAUUACUAAUAGAAAAGACAAUCAAAUGUGAAAGUAUUAAUAACCAGAGUACCACAAAGAACUAUAUGGCUGAAAAUGUGUCAUCGAGCAAUUUGAUACAUGACAUUGCUCGAUAAAAAAGGGAUGACAUAAUAAACUGUUAUCAAUGUAAAAAAAAAAAAAUUGUAAUGUAACUAUUUACAUCUAAAAAUGGCAUCAUGCUGUUGUUAAGUGGGGAAAUGUAUGGUGCUUUAAAAAUUUUGAAAAGAAUUUGCCAUCGUGUUCGUGACAAUUGAGAACAGCAGACGGCUGUGGUUCCUGUUUGGUGGUUCGAUCCCCAGUUCCUCCAGAUGAUGUCCUUGGGCAAGAUACUGAACCCUGUGUUGUUGUUUGUGAAUCAUGUGAAACCACAUUUAAAUUCACUCGAUCCACAUUUUUAUUUGGAUUUAUUUUAUCCUGAUCAGCGCCAAAAUGUAAUGGUGCAAUCCUUCCUCAGCCAUAUCACAUCCUUAUAGCAAGUUUCAUUCCAACCUGUGGUUUUUGUGGAAUGCAGCUAACUUUCAAACAAACAAACAUGGAUGAAAACAUAUCCUCCAGUGGAAAUUAAAAACAGCAGAAUGACAACAACACGGCCAGAGUCAUAAAGAACCAUCCUGCUGUAGUCCUGCUGCCAAUGGCCUGACCCCCACAGAGCCCUGAUGUUUGGGACAAUCCACCAACAUGUCCCAAGUUCUCCAAGAUGCUGGGGAACAGUAUAAAUAUACCUCAACAAACUGAGCUCACAUGCACACGACAUAAGAUACUUGGUGCCGAUUUACAGGCAAAGGGUGAUCACACCAAAUAUUGAUUUAUGUCAAUUCCACUUUGAAUGGAGUUUGCUGAUGAAUAAAAAAACAACAAAUGACAUUGUUGUUAAAGUAGGGCUGAGCAAUAGGGCCAAAAGUUAUAUCCAGAUGAAAACUUGAUUAAUAAUAUCAGUCCAUAGAGAAAUAAAUGUCACAUUAAAGACAGAUAUUUGCUCCUGAGUGAAGGUUGUGGGUUUAAAUGAUGAAACACUUGUUGAACAGCAAAAAUAUUUUAUACACGGAAGGUGGAUCAAUACUUCCUCACUGUGCUGAACGAUGUAUAAGCAACAUAUCAAUAUAUUUUGUCUGAUAGUAAUAUAUAAAUAUUGGUGUAUUAUCUGCAGAUUGUCACAUGUGGACAACAAUAAUAUUACAGUCAAUCAGGAGGCUUGUGAAGUGCAUUUUGUCUCAUAAAGAGGAAACACAACUGUGUAUUUUACAUAAAAAAAUGAUGUUUUUCUGCAUGUGUGUGUGUUUGCAUGAUAUUAGCAGUUAGCUUCCUAGCUGGAGUGAGCAGAACAAGCUUUGCCUCUGUUCGGACCACACGAGUUGUUGCCAGCGAACAAGUGACGAGCAGCAGGUUGACACGUGGUUCAAACUUGUGAGUCCUCCAAGAACCCCCAUGGUUCCUCUCAUCGAGUUCACUUCUCACCAUCCGCAUGAACAAGUCCCGCACAACUACAGCAGGGGGCGCUAUCUGCGUGACUGGUGCAGGUGAGCAGAGGGGAGCGGCCAUGGACAAUAACAACAAUAAUAAUAAUAAUAAUAAUAAUAACUUUAUUUGUAUAGCACUUAUCUAAACAAGGUUAAAAGUGCUGUACAGGAUAUUCAAUUCAAGUUAAAUGCCAAAUUAUAACAUAUUACGGUCGAGACCUUGACAUUUAAAGAGAAGCCCAACAGUUCCCACAAUGAGCAGCACUUUGGUGACUGUGGAGAUAAAACACUCAUUAACUGACCGGAUGGGGUGAGCAGAGAAAAUGGGGAAAAGAGGAGAGAGAAAAGAGAGAGAGAGAGAGAGAGGGAGGAGAGGGAGACCAGGAACAGUUGUGUGACCAUCAUAUAUAAGUUCUGUCAGACUGGUUGUUACAAUGACAAUAAUAAGGGAGACAUGGAGAUUCACAGUUAAAGCGACACUACUUUUAAACCUUAACUUCCGAUUCAUUUGUUAGUAAAUAAUAAAUUAGUGCUCGUGCCCGUUAGGUGAUUUCUGGAUGUGCAGCUUUUUAGCAACAUUUUUCAACAGGCAAACUCCCAAAUCUAUCUUUCUCUCUUUUUCCAAAUUCCAAAUAAAAUCUUCAUGUAGUAGUUCCCGUUUGCCAUGGCCUGUAUGGGACUAAAUGAAAGAUCACACCUUGUUUCAAUCGUGCAGGAGCAUGAAAAACCAACAGACAACAUAAAAAAGCUCUCUGGCUGGUGCCACACAGACUUUAUCUCAUGGGCACCGUUUGCCGCUGCGGAGGCAAUGGAUCUGUACAUUUACAGUAAAAUUCAAAAGCACUUCCUGUUUAUUUUUUGAUUGCAAAUGGAUUUGGACACUUUUGGGAAGAAGAUAAGCGGAUAUUAGAGAAACAAACAGACCAUAGCAGUAGAAUCAGGGUGAAAUUAUGUUUUAAUUAAGCUGCGGUGGUUUGUGAGGACGUUGAAAAUCAUUUCCGCUAAUGUGAUCCGGUAAUAGAAGCUUCGCCGUCGUGUAAUCUCUGCGGCAUAUGCAGGAGCGGAUCCCUGCAAGACUGUAAUCAAAUUCACUGCCAUUCAAUUGUCAGUUGGAUGCUGACAAAUGACAAACGUAUUUUUGCACCAUCAGUAUCUCGGUUGUAUUAAAUCAACUGGGAAAAUAAAACCACAAUAACAACAAUGUUUUUUUUUCACCACUGGAUCAAGAGGGGAAGGGUUAAAGAAGGAUAAAGAAAUAGAUAAAGUGCAACAGUAUAACUUCAUGACCCCUGAUUUAAUAUGUUUCAUACAUAGGCUACUGCAGUAUUAUAUUUGUUGAGACGUUUGAUAUUUACAGACACAAUAAUACAUGUAUUCUACCACUUGAGCUGAUGAAAUCAUGCGGGAUGACAGAGGCCCAAUUUGACUGAUUCAGCGUCUGCUCACGAACACUUGAUGAAUACACCACAGCCUGAUAAUAUAUAUUGACAGUGUCUCAAAGCAACAUCCUGACUCAUUGCUUUCUUUAAAAAAAUAAAUUAAAAAAAGACUCAAGUGAUCAGACUGAAUAUAUUUACAGGCAGAUCCUGAAUAUGCCUCCUCAAGUAAGUGCAGACCAUUUCAGUGAUUGCUUGCUCAGUGUUGCUCGCUGCCAAAGUUUUUUCAUUCUCAGAUGGACAAUUACAUUAAGUUUUUGUAAGUAAGUGAACCUUUGGAAGCCGUCUGCAGCUAAAACAGCAGAGAGAGAGGCUGGAUUUAAAAUGUGUAGAGAACAAUGAGAAGAAUAAAUGUGCCUUUCAAAUUAAAUGCAAGCCGGUGAGAUAGAUAAUAAACAUUCAUUGAUUAUAUUUCUUUAAAAAAAAAGAUGUGAAAAUGUGUAAAUUAAAACAGAAAUGAUAAAAAACGAUUAUGUUUUCGCACCAUAUGGACAGAUUCAUAAUUAAAAGCUUGGAUUUAAAAUGCUGCGGUGUAAUUUGUUGCUACUGAUGGUAAUGGUUGGAAAAAAUGAUGAAUUACACCGAGGCUAUACCGGCGAGUCUGUCGUUACACAACUCCAAUCAGCCCUUGGUCUUUCAGGUAUUGAUGUAGCAUUAUUGAAGUAGUUUGGUUGAUCCAUGUAAAAAAGGAGAGACACUGGAGUCACAUAAAAGAUGAUGAAUUCCAACAAUAAUCGACCUGCGCAUGACACAGGCUCGAGGGCAAAGAGAUGGAACCGAAAUUCAUUGUAGCAGUAAAAUCGAUAUAUAUAGUAAUGUGGUGUAUUAUACAGGUUGGGCACAUUAAAGUAAGCACUUGCAGAACCUCUAAAACUGACAGCAUGUCAUGUCUUCUUUGUUUAAUCUGCACAAAAACAAGACAAAGAAUGUUAAUCCUUUAAAUUUGCCUGAUUUUUUUCGUCAUGGUGACAGUCAAUGCGUUAUUCCCUGGGAAAUCAGUUAAAAUGUAAAAAAAAACUAAACAAACAAACAACGUUAUAGAAAGUGAUAAAAAAAAAUUGUGUUCUCUCUUGGCCCAAGUUCUUAGUUGACAAACAAGCCAACCAAAAAACAAACGGGGCAAAUAAUAAUCUCCUUGGUGGUUGUAUACAUGACAAGCUGUGGUUUUAUUUUAUAUGUGAGUGCACAGGAAACAAACGUUUUAUCAGCAUCCCUUUAUCUUUGGUGAUAGAUUUGUGAGAAGAUACACGUGCAUGUGCAGUUUUCUGUAUAUUGUGUGGUUGAGUGGUUGAUUAAGCUUGUCAGUGCUGUGUGAUGGACUAACACUAUUUCUCAAACACAACUGAAGCCUUGCACUUUCAUCGACUCAACAACACGCUGAUGCUGAAAUAUUUGCAAUAGGAUCCAAUCAGCUCUGUAUUCCCAUGUUCUGUUGAACACGUGUUAUAUUUAACAUCCGUAUAGCAAACACCAGCAUGCUAUCAGUCAUUAACUAAAUAAAAACCACAAUUAACACUUAAAGACUUAACAGCGAUGCAAAUAUUCUGAAUAGGAAUAGAAGUGCUGCUGCAGGGUGCUGCAGAAAGCAGAGUCCCUCCCCUCGAUUUUAUGACUUGCUCAUUACAGAGUAGAGAGGGAGUGAAAAACAGAGAGAAUGUCAUGCUCUGGUAUCUAGUCUUGUGCGGAGCCUGAGCAUAUGGAGGAUUCGUUCAGCAUCCUGAAGUGGCACUCGUUGUGUACACGUGUGUAAAGAAUACACUUCUUUCAGCUGAAUCUACACACAAUGGAGGAUGUUUCUGAUCUGAGGCAAAACCCAAAGUGGAGUCAAGAAGUUUCAACAACCAAUUUCAAUUUUUUUCACAAUCUGACCAAAGGUAAGUGAGACCUGCGAACAGUGAGAAUGUCGCUCCCUCCUGGCAUCAAGGCUCGGGAGCAUGUGGACAUGAUGUACAUCUCCAUAGAGUCGGCUAUUGCCCUGGCCUCUGUGCUGGGGAACGUGCUGGUGGUGCUGGUGGUGUGUGUGAACCGGGAUCUCCGCGACACCACGUUCUCCUUCAUCGUGUCUCUGGCGGUGGCUGACAUCGCCGUGGGAGCUCUGGUCAUCCCGCUGGCCAUCAUCAUCAGCCUGGGAUUAAACACUGAGUUUUACACAUGCCUCUUCCUCUCCUGCCUGCUGCUCAUCAUCACCCAGAGCUCCAUCCUCUCGCUGCUGGCCAUCGCCAUCGACAGAUAUCUCAGAGUCAAGAUUCCCAUCAGGUACAACACCAUCGUGACCCAGGGGAGAGCCUAUGUGGCAGUCUGUCUGUGUUGGAUCCUCUCCGUCCUCACUGGAUUGGUUCCAAUGAUUGGCUGGAAUAUGCGUGAAGCUCAAGGGAACCUCAGCGACUCCAGCCAAAUUGUGUGCAAGUUCACCACGGUCAUGAGGAUGGACUACAUGGUGUACUUCAAUUUCUUUGGCUGGGUGGUGGUACCGCUGACCAUAAUGAUCGCUCUGUAUGCCGAGAUCUUCCGGGUGAUCCGGCAGCAGCUUAACCGACGUGCAGAGGCCACGUGCGAUGGAGAGCGGUACUAUCGGAAGGAGCUGAGGCUGGCCAAAUCACUGGCCUUGGUGGUCUUCCUCUUUGCCGUGUGUUGGCUGCCGAUACACAUUAUGAACUGCAUCAACUUCUUCUGCCCAAAGUGUUACAUACCCAAGUUUGCCAUGUACGUGGGGAUUUUCAUGUCCCACGUGAACUCAGCCCUCAACCCAAUGGUGUAUGCGUUCAGGAUAAAGCGGUUCCGAAUUACACUGGUGCGGAUCACUAGCCGCUGCAUGUUAUGUAAACCUGCAGAGCCCACCCUGUGCCCCAACAGCACACCAGCCCCGACGAAGAAAGUGGAUGUAAACCUGUAACGAGGACUGGAGGUUUUCUGAGUUCAUCACUCACAGUGAGGCGGUGCAGUGAUCUUGGGAUUAUGUGAUAUUUGGGAUAUCAACCCAUUAGCAGAGACACCAAAGCACUCAGCUGAGUCAUGAAACAAAUUAAUUUCUGACUCAUUCCCAUUUGUCUGAGAAAAUGAUUGUGCCAUCAAGGAAAACAAAAAAUCCCCCCAUCGUUCUGCAUUAAUUAGUUUUCUCUCAAAGUCUUCUUAAUCGAUUCAUAUUGAAUUAUAAUAUGUAUGUAAACAUAAGUAAUACGACAAGCAUUUCAUGUUCAAAAAGCUUGUCAGUAAGUUCUACUGAAUAAACUACUUAAUUUAUAUGCAAAUCUUACAUUUAUUAUUUCACAUUUACAACACUUUCAAUACAUUUUGAACAAGUCUGCAGCCAAGGCAACAACUCUGUCCUUGAGUUAAAUGCUAACAUGCUCACAAUGACAAUGCUAAGUAGGUGUCAAACUUACUAAGUUUCUUGCUAUGUUAGCAUGCUAACAUUUGAUAAUUAGCACCAAUCAACUUUAGUUUUGCUGGUUUGUAAAAGCAAAUCUUUGCAAUCAUUUCACGGCAACUUAAAAAACAGUUGUUAAGAUAUUUCAGUCGGGCUCAAAGUGUUGGAGUGGCUGAGCAACAGGGUUCUGUCAUGAAUAAAAAUAAGAUGAGAUUUAGCGUAUUGAGUUAGUUUGCAGAAGCAAAAGCAUCAUCAGAAUAAACAUGCAUUGCUGCUCCAUUUACGAGGCUAAUCUUCAUUAUUUCACAUUCACAAAAGUUUGAAUACAUUUUAAAAGAUGGAGUCUAAACAUUAAAACAUUGCAAAUAUAUGGAGGGAUCCUAAGAAACUUUUUACGGCAACUCCAUCACACAAUUGUUGAGAAAUUUUGGUCAGAACCGACAGUGGUGAAUUGACUGACCGACAGGGUGCUAGCAUGGCUAAAAAUGAUAUUAGAUUUUUUGCGCACCGAAUUAGUUUGCAAAAGUAAACCAUAAGCAUCAGAGUCAGAAUGGGAAGAUGCAUUGGUUACAAAGAUCAAUAGAGAGAAGGUGAAAGGCUUUUCUUGGAGAGCAUAUUCACAGUGAAGUUACUGAACCCAAUGAAACAAGACACUGGUAACAUCAAAGCAGUUCAGCCGUCAGUCCUAAUCACAGGAUGCAGGCACCUCUUCAGCUAAUUCAGAUUGUUUCUGCCAUAUUUCAAUAGCUGUGGCAGAGUGAUGAAAAAAGGGCUCUGAGGCAUUUGGUGUAAAUUACCCACAGAGCAUUAGGGCUGACGUGAUUUAUUCAUCCUCUAAACUCCAAAGCUUCUGCUAAAGCUGUGCAAGUUCUGCUUUGUCAUCGGUUUGACUUCUGCCUGGUUUCACUCACACUACUUCCAAUCACAUACAUAAAGGCACUCAGUGGAGCGCAAACCUCUGCAAAGGCCCAACAGUCCCCUUAUAUUCAAUCAAGCUGCACCAAAUUGCACACACUCCUUUAUAUUAGUCCCACGAUUGAUGCAUUUUGCAUUAUAAAAAUGGUGAAAAUAAAAACAACAAGAAGAAAAGACACCUUAUCUCGUAUUGUUAAAGAAAGUAAUUAAAAACUCUGGAUUAUUUUAAAUGAUUGUUCUUUCUUGGCUCAUGCACCUUACACCAAGUUUUGUGGAAAUCCAUUCAGCCAUUUUUUGCAUAACCCCGCUGACAAACAAAGAAAUGGACUUGAGUGAAAACAUAAUCUCCUCGGUGGAGGUGAAAGGGGUCAAAUCUGGUUUAGGAGAUUGAUGUUUAAAUGUCUUUCGAUGUGUUUAAAACCACCAGGUUUGUGUAUUUCCUGACAGCUCCACAAUAUUUGUUAAAUUCUGUGCACCCCCCUUUCUCUCUGUCUGUCCCUGCCACACAAAUACAUCAAUGCGUAUUUUACCAUCUGUCACCUUCAUCCUGGCUGAGGGAUUUGAAACUGCUGAGUGUGGUCUAAUCCUCAGCCCUCGUCUUAGUGAGGUAGGUGCCACCAAACUGAUCUGGCAUUUACUACCUCUACCUGUGGCUGGUGGCCUACCGAAUUCUGAAGAGGCACAAGCAUGAUGUAGGUGUGGAGACCAAAGCCAGGAGUCUCUAUUUUUGUCUUGUUCCUAUCGUCAUCCUAAACUAAUCUGCUCUGAGCACCAAACCACAAUAACAUGGCCGAUUCAGAUGAAGCAGAGGCUGGCCAAGACCUGGAGGCUCCAGAGGAAGAGAUGGACGACGAGGAGCGACUCCUGCUACACUUCAACGCGUACACCGAAUCUCGGCGUGCGAAACCUUGGGAGCAGUGGACCUUCAGAGAGAAAGCAAACUAUUACAUUGACCGCACCUUCCUUGGGAUAUUAGUCAUUUUCAUGCUUAUGCUGGUGGCAGAGCUUGGCUUUAAAAUGUGGUACGUGACGGACGUGGCGAAGAUUGUAGAGUUUGUGACGGAUUCAUUGGUCUUUGUGUUCGACUGGCUCUUCACGCAGGAGAGACAGGAGGAGCGGGCUGAACUGUAGUGAGAAAAUACAUUUGUCUGUGGGAUGAUCCCAGUUGUGUUUUCUGUGAUGUUUUCAGGGGAUGUGGUUUUUUAAAGGCCCAGAUAAUAAUCAAUGUAUAACCACAUCUCAACUAAAGAGAGAGUGAUGCAAAAAUCGUUUAUCAACUUUACUUUUGUCACUGACUGAAUUGAAAUAAAUAAUGUAUGCAAUUAA